UGCUUUUUGUAUAAGAUAAGGGAAAUUUAUUUAAUCAGAAAAUAAUAACUUUGACACCAUAACAUUAAAAUCAGUAGAAAAGCUGCCACUUAAUUACGCGGGAAUCGAAAGAGAACACGGUGGAGGACGUAAAAUAGGUGUUGAACUAACAACGCUCUCGGUGAGCAGGUCGCGAACUUAUGGCUUCGCAUGUUUAAAAUCACCCAGAGUAAUAAUAAUAAUAAUACACUUUGGGGAGCGUCAAGUCUUGAAACGGUAAAGAAUGACAUCAACAAACUUCGCGGUGAUCGCAAUAAUGCAUUGUGGUUGGAUAGUGAUCGUUUCUACGGCUUUCACAUUUUUAAUUACACCUACUAUCAGAUACGAAUGAAACUUUAUACAUAUUAACAUACUCAUAUGUCGCUCACCUAAGUGCACCUGGGGUGUACGUUCCCGAAAUUCAAAAGGAAAUAAAAAUUGCGGUUAUAACGUUUUGAUUAAACAACAUUGUCCGAAUGUAUAUCAAGUCAUCAAUGAUGUUUCUCAAAUGGGUUAUGUUAUUAUUUAAUCGAAAAUAUUUUGGUUUUUUAAAAUUUAUCAAGAUUGCAUAUCUUUCACAAGCCCUUUCGAUAACUUGGCAACCGAUAUGUGGUAAAAUAAAUUGUGUGCAAUAAUUGUGCGAAUAAGUGCUGAUAUAUUUAAAAGUUAGAACUAGAUAAAUUUAUUUGUCUAUUUUAUUUCCAUACUUAUUAUAAUCUACAUAUUACAAGGGUAUAUUAAGUUCGUGCGAAUGUAUGCAACAACCAGAAGAACUGACGGUAGACCCAUCUGCUAGCAUAAUUUAAAACUUGUCCAUUUGUCCGUCUGUCUGACAGUCGACCUUGUUUUCUUUUGCUUAAACUUUUAGUCAUAAAUUUCAAAAUAUGCUAAAGAAAUUUGGUACAUGGACAUGUCUUGGCGCAAGGACUAUUAAGAAUGAUUUGGACACGGCCGCUUUUCUGACACGUUUCCAUAUAACAUCUUAUUAUGAAUAGUCGUCACAUAAGCACUUGUGAGGUAGAGCCUUGCCUAUAACUCUUUUUGCCUUUUACUUUUUGUUCUUAUAACAUAAUAAGAUUUUGCAUAAUCUAUCGUUAGCCAAUUCCGUAACAGAUAGAUUUCUUAAGUGAAUAUAUGAGCAGAAAAUAUUCUGCAUCGCUCAUCCAAAUGUUUCGACCGUCUUUUAAAGUAAAGCAUUUAAAGUAGAGCAUUUUUAUACGUUUCCUUAUCGAGCAUUUUUAUACGUUUCCUUAAGUGUUUUUUUCGGUGGUCUGUCUCCAAAUCACGCCUAAUUUAUGUAGUCUUUGUGGCCACACUUUUCGUCACCUACUGUCCUGAGAUUGUUCUGAAAAGUCUAGAAGCGCUGUACUUAUAUUAAAUUUAUAAAUUUCACAUUCAAACAGAUUUUUUAUUGCGCUAGACAGUAAUUCCUAGAUCGUGAGCUACCCUAUAAAGAUUUUAAAUUUGGGAAAACCAUCUCCCUUCACUAUGAAGCUAAUUGGAAACAGAAGGGAAUUUUUGCUUUAAGUGUAUCAAAAUUAUUGGAGCCCUUAUCAGAAGGUUUAAUUUUUAACAGUCAAUAAACAAGUGUCUGCAGCUGAAACAAAAAAUUGCUUAUGAAUCAGCGUACCAAUAUCACCAUAAAAGUCGUUAUUAUUACAUUUAUUUUUAUACCUAUCAGGGUUAUAUUCGUUUAGUCUAAACGUUUACAACGCCCAGAAGAAAGCGUUGGAGAACUCACAUAGGAUACAUAUUCUUCAUCUGCGUUAAAUUCUAAAUCAAUUAAAGCAUUUCCAUCUGUCCGUCUGUGUAAUCUUUGCUCAUUCUGUCAUUUUAAAGUAAGGACAUUUCUGCUCUUCAAGAGUAAUAGGAAGUUGAUUUUUUUGCUCAUUACUUAUAAACUAUAGCAGAUAAACGUACAAAAAUUUAAACGCACAUUCUGAGGUGCUACAGCGUGAAUGGACAAUAUUGAACCGAACCAAAUUUGUAGUAUAUCAAAAUUUAAUUUUCAGAAGCAAGCUGCAAAGUCCACACAAGGCAAGUUCUUGGCAAAUUUCAAAUUCGGUGUGCAUCUGAGCAUGUCUGUCCACUCGUCUGUCCAUUUAUCCGCCUGCAUUUGGGGCAAACAUUCUCCUAUUCAGAAAAAUGAAAAUAUCGCCUACAAACUUGCAAGACUUUGAAAACGACAACAAGACAUUAAUCAAAUAUAAUUUUGAUUACAAAAUAGAAAGAAAUUAUAAAAUGUAUAAAUAAGAAUAAUAAUAAUUAUAUGCCAAAACUAACUCUAACUAAGGCUCAAAAAAGAACUCUGUAUUCGCAUGCGCCAUUUCUGCAUAAGGCUACGAAUUUCAAUCGUUGAUUUGCUGAAUAUAAGAAGAAGAAGUUAACGGCAUACUAGGGCAAAAAAUAAAAAAUUUGAUUUUUUAAUGGCAAUUAUUUAUAGACUGCUUGAAAGGGUGAAGCCAUCCCCUACUACCCAUACGCAAUUACCAUUAAGAUGGCUAUUAAUAAUAUUAAAUACAGUUUUUGUUAGCCUGUGUGCCAUUGUCAUUAUCAAUGAUUUCCUUUAUAAACCGCUAAUGCACAAAUGGAUUUAUAUGAAUCAGUCUCAAAUUUUUGGAAGUUAUGAAGAUUUGGAACCCUUGGAUGACAUCUUGCAGGCUGAAAGACAACCUUCGCGAAGAGAUAGUAUAUUUUUUCAUGAAACCAGCGGAGAAUGGAAGAAACUGGCUUUUCCGUCUAUCUAUCAAUCAGUGGACGAACGCAUCAAUUAUGCUCAUCUAACAUUUCGACAAGCGUGUGCCAUUGAGUCGGCUGCUUUACACAACAGAAAAAGUGAUGUAUUCGUAUUAUUCGCUGCGUCACGGUAUAUGGAUGCUGCUAUAAGGAAUGAGUCUCGUUUCAAAGUUCUUCUACAUUAUAAAAAUGUUCAUUUUCGCAAUGUUCAUUUAUGGUCUUAUACAUUGAAUACGCCCGGCUACGCAUGGUUAAAAAAGGACGAAGUAUUUAUGUCGAGUUUUUAUGUGCACAGAUACUUCGUUUCGCAUAUUUCCGAUUUUUUACGUUUCAUGACAUUAUGGCGUUUUGGUGGCACUUACUUGGAUACCGAUACAAUAACGUUGAAAUCUCUCGAACUUUUACCGCCUAAUUACGCCGGGAUCGAGAGUAAGUUUAAUGUAGCUGCUGGCGUAAUAAAUUUCUCUCCCGACGGGUUCGGGCAUCAACUGGCUGAAAAAUGUUUGAUAUAUUUUUUGAAGAAUUACAAGUACAACGAAUGGAAUACUAACGAUGCCAUAUCUUAG